CACCCCAGUCCUAUUAUAUAUACAUGCAUAGACAUUCCAAAAUCUUCAUUUUAUUUUGAACAGUUCCUUCAUCUAGCAGCAGCUACUAGCAAUCAUGGAAACCUCUGUUACACAGUACUCCUUUGUCUCUCUUUUACUCCUUUUCAUGCUUUGUUUGUUAAGCUUUAUGGUCAAAGUUAUUGAAGCUUCAAACAAUAAGGUAUCUUCCUUCUAUGUGUUUGGAGACUCCACAGUAGACCCAGGAAACAACAAUUACAUAAACACAGCUUUCAAGAGCAACUUUUUACCAUAUGGUAAAGAUUUUCCCAACCAAGUUCCCACGGGAAGGUUCUCCAACGGGAAGCUUGCUACUGAUUUUAUUGCUUCAUAUCUAGGCCUGAAAGAGUUAUUGCCACCGUACUUGGAUCCAAAUCUCAGCGAUCAAGAACUCAUAACUGGAGUCAGUUUCGCUUCUGCUGGUUCAGGCUUUGAUCCACUUACACCAACUAUGAGUAAUGUAAUUCCAAUUCCAAAGCAGUUGGAGAAUUUCAAAGAAUGCAAGAGAAGGCUGGAGGGUGUGCUUGGUAAGCAAAGAACGGAAAAUCAUAUGAAGAAUGCAGUGUUUUUAAUAAGUGCAGGUACAAAUGACUUCGUUAUUAAUUAUUUCACGCUACCAAUACGAAGAAGGAGCUACACCCCAUUAACCUACCGCCAGUUCUUGCUUCAACAUGUCAAAGAUUUGAUACAGAGUUUAUGGACAGAAGGAGCUCGAAAAAUUGCAGUGGUGGGACUACCUCCAAUGGGGUGCUUGCCGAUGAUGAUCACUUUCAAUUCCGGCAACGCCAUUCUUGAUCGUAAUUGUGUAGACAAGUAUUCGGCUGUGGCAAGAGAUCACAAUCUGGUCCUUCAACAUGAAUUGUUCUCAAUGCAACAGAAUUUCUCUAAACUUGAGGGUUCUAAGAUCUCUUACAUUGACAUAUAUGGACCAUUGGCCAACAUGACUCAAGCGCAUGAAAGUCUUGGGUUUGAUGUGGCUAAUCGUGGCUGUUGUGGAAGUGGUUACAUCGAAGCAACUUUUAUGUGCAAUAGGAUUUCGUACGUGUGCUCUGAUUCAUCAAAGUACGUGUUCUGGGAUUCAAUACACCCUACGGAGAUGACAUACCAAAAAAUAUUCAUGACAGCAAUUCCCAGCAUUGAUGCCCUUAUCAAUAGCUAGGAAUCCUAUUGCUUUUGUGUUUUAAACUUGUUUAGAAGCACUGCUGUUAGUUGUGAAACAUUUUGUACCAUUAAGGUACAGCCAAUGCCUAUGAGAAAAUAUAUGCAUCAUGGAUGGGUGGGGUAUUGAUUAUGUAAUUCACAUGUGUUACAUGUCUUAAUUUCUUUAUGCAGAAAACUUCCCUAACAAAAAGCAUUUCAGUUUUGCUUUAUUACAUCAAUAAUAUUCAUACAAAAUUCUUACGACAUC